AUGCAGUCUGAUACAAUCCCAGCGAAGUCUCGGUUCGUCGUAGGGCAGAAGCGCAAACGUCCUACAUUCCAGUCAAUGGACCAGACAUUGGUCAACAUCCUCGUUGGCGAGGGCGAAAAGUGCUUCAUGGUUCACAAGGAUCUUCUGUGUUAUCAUUCCAAGUACUUCCGUGGCGCAUUCGAGGGGUCCUUCCGAGAGAAAGAAGACAAAACCAUACGGUUGAGAGACAUCAACGAAGGCGUUUUCCGCCUCUUCCAGUUCUGGCUUUAUGCCCAAGCAACACGGGACGAAGAAGAUUCUACAACCAAAAUGUCAAGAGACGACCAUUCGAAGCGCGGUCGCCAUUCUGAAACUAGACACCCUUGUUCUUGUGGUGGCAACUACGAGCAGUGCGAGGAGUCUGUGAUUGACUGCCUUACUCUUGAGAUUAGGGCGAGAUAUGCAAAAGUUCUUGAGCAAGAGACACCCAAGUGGCUGCAAUCUGGAGAGUUCCUGUUCGACUCAGAUCACGAGUACUUCAGCUGUUUUAUCGCCUUGUCCGUCUUCGCAGAUCAAUACGACACGCCACAACUCAGACGCGAUGUCCUGACCCUCCUCGUCGAACUGGACAAUUAUAACUGGGACAGAAAAGGUAAGCUAUGUUACAACCGCUACUACCGACGAAGCGCACAAAAGGCGUACACUUCGCUUCCACCCAACGCUCCUAUACGUCAAUAUCUGAUCAAAAGAUUCGCAUACUCAAUGGCAUGCAAGAAGGUCAAUGUGACGAGUUUGAUGAGGGUACCGCAAGAAUUUGUAGUCGAUGUUCUGCUCCUGAUUACGGCACAGCCCAAGAAAAACCUGCUUCGAGAGAAUCUAGUGAACAACUUGAAGGACUGCUGCGAUUUUCAUGAGCACGUGGCUGAGGUUGAAAGAGAAGUGUGUCGGGAUGGACAAUCUCGCGAUGUGCAGUUUUAUACUAGCUUCAUGCGAGCGAUUGUGGAUCAGGUCCACAGUGCAGGAAGCCUGAAUGAGGACUUAUAA